AGAUAAUGAAGAAGUGGCAAAUGGAAAUCCUUCACCACUGUCACACCAUACAGCCCUUCUCCAUAUUCGAUUCUCACCCUUCUCCAUGGCGACCCCAUCACCCAAAACCCUAUUCCCACUCUCGCGUUUCUUGCUCCAACAACAACAACAACUUCCGCCGGUGGGAUUCCAAUGCCGAACCGUUUCGCCGACGAAACUUCAACAGAAGAACCGAACCUGAUGAGCAGCAGCAACAACAACGGCGGGAGCGAGAGUACUGGAGCAAGAGGCGGUGGUGGUCCGACGAGCCUCCCGAUAUUGACGAAGGAAGCAGCGGUGGGGUUUGGGAAGAAGUCAUUGAUAGUAUUUGGAUUUUCCAGGUUUUUAAAUCCUAUGGUUGGGCACUCCCUUUCAUCAUAGUAUCAUUUUUGCUAUCUACUGGUCCAAAAGCUUUCCUGAUGGCAUUAGCACUUCCUCUUGGUCAGUCAGCACUUCAAUUAGCAUUUGAGAAACUAUGGGGACAGCCGGAGAACAAACCGAAACGCAAGUAUAGGACAAGGAGGAAACCCCGUGGGAUGAAUGGCACCACAGUUGAUGAAGAAGCAGAAGAAAACUCGAGAACGAGAACGGGGAGGACAGGCUACCAAUCAUGGGUUGUUGAGGACAAUAAUAGUUCAGCUGCUGAUAGUGGGAACCGAGAAUCGCAAAGCUUUAGGGGGUGGGAUGACUUAGAAAGAUCUAGAUCAACAAGCUCAUCUCCUAUGAUGGAUGGGUCAAGAAGCACGCGAACAGAAGCCGGCAGGCUGAGUAGGAGAGAAGUAAAAAGCGACACGCCGCUGCUGUUGCGAUUACUUAUUGCCAUUUUUCCAUUUUUGGGCACAUGGACAAAGAUGCUUUGAACGUGAUAGUCUCUAACUCUCUAUCAUUAAUAUUUGAGGAGAGGCCAAGAAGUUAUUUAUCUUCACAGCAUGCGUGGUCUUAUGUCUUAAUAUAUAAAUUACUUGAUGAAUUAAGUUCAUCCACAUUAGCAAACGCACGUUCUUAUUUUUCAAAUCCCCAUUUUGGUGGUCUUUUUAGUGUGUUGUAACUUGUAACGAGUCCUUCACGAAAUAGUUAUUUUGUUGUUAUUUGUAUAUUUAGAUAGACAAAAUCUUUGUGGGUUUAGCUCCCGGAGAAAGAAGCUUUUUAUGCCCCCUCUUCUGCUUGAACGUGACGUUCAC